AUGCCACGCGCAAGGGACCACAUCCUUUUCCUGUUGCUCAACGCGCUUGCUCCUGCCGACGUGUUCUUCCGGUGGCGGUCGGUGGUUUAUCCUGUGCGGGGCAAAAUGGAGCUCGAGGCCAUGAGUAGGUAUACCAGCCCAGUGAACCCGGCUGUCUUCCCUCACCUGACUGUGGUCCUUCUGGCCAUCGGCAUGUUCUUCACUGCCUGGUUCUUCGUUUAUGAGGUCACCUCUACCAAGUACACACGCGAUAUUUACAAAGAGCUCCUCAUCUCCUUGGUGGCCUCACUCUUCAUGGGCUUUGGAGUCCUCUUCCUCCUGCUCUGGGUUGGCAUCUACGUAUGAGUCUCCAAGGGUACCCACCAGGCAGCUCACUAAGUCUCUGCUUUUGUAAAUUAAUUUUUUACCAUUGCUACGUGUCCCUCCUGCUGUUUAUAAUAAAGGCAGAUGUGUGACAGGCCUGCCUCAUGUCCAUUAUGAGGGGAUGGAACUGGGGCUUCCUUGACUGUCAAAGUCCCACCUUUCCCACUUCCUAGCUGCCUUUCACCAGUUCCUGAUGCUAGAAAUUUGUGUCCUUCCUGUGGGUGCAAGGGCUAUUUAGCAGUAUCAUAUUGUCACUAGUUUAAGGCUUGCCUGUGGAUAAAAAAGGUCCGUGCCUA